AUGACUUUUGCGAUGCUGCGAACGGCAUCUCCCGCAGGCCGCUUCUUGUACGGUGACAUUGCUCUCCUCUCUGAAGACGAUGAUGAGAAUGGCAGUGAAGGCUCAGGCUCAGAGGAACGCUCCACCAAUUCUGCGACCUUCCGCCUGUCAUCCUCGUCCCCUUCUGCCUUUCACAUCAAGAUGAACAGGAAGAGAAAGCUCUGCAUGGGGGGAGCAGGCACAGCAGCGGUCGAGGCCGUUCUAGGGAGACUUGGACCCCCGGGCUCAUCUCCCCCCACUGAAAUUCGUCAGAGGACAGCAGCCAAUGCUCGCGAGCGAGAUCGAACCAAUUCUGUCAACACCGCAUUCACGGCUCUACGCACGCUCAUCCCUACUGAGCCUGCAGACAGGAAACUGUCGAAGAUCGAGACUCUUCGCUUGGCCAGCAGCUACAUCAGUCACCUGGGGAACGUUUUGCUCCUGGGCGAGGGGCUUCAUGACGGACAGCCCUGCCACGCUCCAUCGCCACCGUUCUUCCAUGUCAACUCCUCCCCGAAUCGAGGAUCGGACCAAUCAGGCCAGCCUAAGCACAUCUGUACGUUCUGCCUCAGCAACCAGAGAAAAAUGGUACGGGCCAGGUGGGAGAACUACCAGUCUGUCAAUGCCGGCUACAAGUUGACCCAGAAGGUGCUGGUGCGCUUUUCGAUCGAGAAGCAGAGCGUCGGGCUCAUCAUGACGGUCGUCAACCCCAACACGGUUGCAUGGGCAAGGAGGAACAUAGGGACACACAGGGCCGACAUCCUGGAGAUGUCCCAGAGGACAAGGGAGACCUGGAGACAGAGGGUGGAAGAACAAGGUCUUGGAGUGGCCACCCGGCAGGAAACGGAGCAGAGUCGAGGAGGGCAGAAAGGAGACAGCGAGGAACAAGGACUUGUACAAGUCAAGGAAGCUGACCAGAAAAUGCAAGGCAUAGAAAAAGGCAAUGUGAUUGUUGAAAGACGAGGCUCACAUCCUGACGACAUCAGUUGUCGAACCGCUCUCUUUGCGGCAGUGCAGGAUGAUCAGGCAGGCUCUGGUCUUGAGAUGUUUGUCUUGUCUGUUCCAAGACACACUGUGACAUCAUGA